AUGUUUGCGGACGUGAAAAGGAUGGGACAUUCCCAACAAGCCAGGCAUCGACAAAGAGAGCAAGCGUUUCUGGAGCAGCAGCAAACGACAGCAAGAAACCACCGAAACGACAACAUAACUCGCCUCGGGGCUCAAAUGGACGAGCGUGCCCAAAACAAACGCUGGGUUCAGCAGCAACACGCGCAGCAACAAGAACUAGCGAUGGAACAAGCGAUGCUAGAGGAAAGAGCUCUUCGCGAGGCACAAGCGAAGAAAGAAGCUCAAGAAACAGCACUUGCAGCAGAAUUGGCGAGGCAAAAGACGGAAAAGCUUAGAGACGAGAAGAUGCGACAGCGGGUUAGGGAAGAGUCGGAAGAGAUUAGACAGCUGAGGAGUCAGUUGGAAGCGGCCUAUACAAAUAGAGAAAGAGAAAAACAAGUCGCUGAAAAACGCAAAAUCUACGAACAAGAGCUCGACGAAGAAGUCAAAUUCAUCGCCGAAACCCAGCGCGAGCUCGAAGCCCACGCAGAAUCUGCCAAACAAAUCGAACAGAGCAAAAUCGUCGAAACAGAAAGAUACAAGCGAGAGCUUGAGGCACAAGUCAUCGCGCAAAAAGAAGCUGAAGAAAAGGCGUACAUUGAGUAUCUCAAAGAAAAAGUUAUCAUCGACGAAGUCGUCAGGAAGAUUUAUGAAGAGGAUGCAAGGGCAAGAGAGGUUGAGAUGGCGAAGAAACAGGAGCAGCGAGAGUAUAUACAGCAGUUUCAGAGGGAACAAGCACUCUGGCAAGAGCAAGAAAAGCAACGCUUGGCCGAAGAAACUGAACGCAUCAAGAAGUAUCAACUCCAAAAAGAAGCCGAAGAAGCUGGCCGCCAAACAAAGCGAGCCGAAGAAUCUGCAGCAAAAGAACAUGUUCAAAAUCAACUGGCAAAACAACUCGAAAGCAUCAGAGCGCAGCGCGAUGAGUACGAAGAUAUUCUUCGUGAGCUGGCACUCAACGAGCAAGAAGAAAAGGCGCGACUUGAAGAAAUUGCAGAGAUGGAGAAGAGAAUCAAUGAUCGACUCGAGCUCCAGCGACAUCGGGAUCUUCAGAUGAAGCUCAAAGAAGAGCGCCUUCUCGCUGCGAUGGAAGAGGAGGAAGAAUAUCGAAGACAAAUGAUGGAGAAAUUCGCAGAGGACGACCGAAUCGAACAAAUGAACGCUCAAAAACGACGAAUGAAACAGCUCGAGCAUAAACGAGCAGUUGAAGAGCUCAUUCAGCAUCGACGAGAGCAGCACAAGCGCGAGCACGAGGAAGAACUUGCCGAACGCGAGCGAGAAAAGGCUGAAGCUCGAAGAAGAGCGGAAAUCAUCGAGGAAGAAAGACAGAAACUUCUUGCGGCGCAUGCGAAAAAUGUUCUUGGAUAUUUGCCCAAGGGCGUCAUCAGAGACGGAGACGAUAUCGCACGCCUGGGUACAGCUUACGCCGAUGCAUACGCUCCUACGACUCGUCGAGAUUUCGAAGCUCAGUAUAUCACCGACAAUUAA